GGCAACAAGAUGAGAAAAUAGCUCUACGACCAAAGAGAAAGUAAGUACGUAGUGCCGGCAAAGAGUUGCAAAAUCCGUGGUGUACUCCUUUUCAUCACUUAGUGGCAGCACGAUGAGGUCGUCCUUGUGGAGAACAAAUAUCAGGUCGUUUUCAAAACUGCCGUUCUUGUUGCGCUAGACAACUUUCCGGUCGGGACAAGCGAGCGGAAUACUUCAUGAGAUUUUGGAACAUAACCGGGCUUCAGACCACGCGUUGUUACUGAACUCGUUUGCAGGUGUUGAACUGAAAUUUUUCUUCAAAAACAGUAGACCCGCAGUUGAGUCAGACUUCCACGCGGAUCAUUCGGUCAAGAUGCAGCCGGCCUAUCAAGCGGUCGGGUAUGAAAGAGAAGGGAGCAAAUACUUAGCAGACUGUCCACGCUGCUGCUUUGCAGUACUGUGAAGCAGGUACUGGACUUGUUGCAUGGAUGGGCGAUGGCUCUACAGAAGAAAUUUUUCCAGCAGGGAGAUGAACACGUGCAUUUUUAGCAUGUUCAUCACACUUUCUUGUGCAACAAAUCCAAAAGCGAGAUUUUUGAAAGUGCUGCAAGGAUCUUCAGGAGAAAGGAGUCAGCAUGCGCUGCUCUUGUUUUCCCUUCCAUACCAGAAAAGAGGCUUUGAUGGCCAAAAGCGAGGAGGUGAGGAAGGCUUUUGGCGGAGUUUAUCCCGGGAAGAGAACUGGAUCGUGAAUCGGGUCAAAGUUUUCGUAUUGCACAAAGUCGAAAAUGUAGAUAGCUUUCAGAGUUUGUUUUUUCCAUCGUAGAAGAUGGAAAGAGUUCUUUCAUGCGAAGGGUGCUUACAACAUUUCUCGCGCGCAAACCGCCAGCUGAUAGUAGUGGCAGAAAAAGGCCCAUCAAAGUGACUCCGCGCGGAGCUGUUAUGCAUGGUGACAGGUAAAAAGAGGACGAAUACGAUCCAACCACGUGCAAUGCAUCUGCUUGUGCUCGAGGAGAGUUCCAAAUUUUUCCUCGGAUAAAGGCUGGCGAUUCAGUUUCUUUCUCUGCGCGUUCCUCUGCGUCGCCUCCUACGAUAGUGGAAAACUGCUCCCACUUCCCCUGAUUUGUCUCGCAAAACGUCGAGCUUUGUCUUGGUUGUAUCCAUAAGUAGCAAUCAUGUAGUCGCUCGCAUGCGGACAAUUUCUGCAAGGCGGAGCAGUAUUGCAAUCGCGGCACGAAUCAACUUAUCACGCAGAAGCUGUUUUCGUUAGAUUGUUUGUCGUGUUGCUGGGCAGUGGAGGGUGCGAGCGAGUUGUCCACUUUCAUACCUCCGGAGUGCUCGCAACAAUAUGCGGUAUCAAGUUUUAUUUACGUGUGAGUUUUUUAGGCCUGUUGCGGAAAUAGUGCCUUCUGUCAAGUUCCCAACGAAGACUGUCCGCGAAAAAAUGUAGAGUGGUUCAGUCCACCAGAAAAAGAAAAACGAAACUUUCAGCUGUAUGGAGCUUCUUGCCGCCGUUCGAUUUCAUCAAUUUUGUCUUCCUGACACUUUUCGGCUGCGUAAUGCUAUCCAGAGGGUGUUGAAGAGUGUAUUUAGCCCUCUGUGCCUACGAGGUUGUCAUGCACAGAAUGCAAUGUCUGAACUAGAAGACCGGGAUCGAUUGUAAUGACGUUGCAAACUUGCACUCGCAUGACAAACUGAUCGUGGGGGCUAGAUGACAAACUCUCUGCUUUGCAUAUUUUCUCCUUCAGGAAGCACCAGUGGACAACAGGUAUUUGCUACUUGCAUUUACAGAAUGUGGCAUGCAAGACUUUGUAUACGAAGUGGAGAUGUGAUGCAAAAACCGCAAUAAGAAAUUUUGCAAUAAAGGUACGUCGAGCUCUUCCGGCAGACCAUGCACACCUACGCGCUGGCAUUGCUAUCGUUUGGCAAAAUUUUCUGCUCGUGUCAUGCUUUUUCGUCAUGAGUUUUUGUUUUCAGCGAAGCGUGCUGUUGCUUGGUUAUCACACUGAAAGUUUCCGCAGAAGAUUUUUUUGCAAAUAAACGUCGCGGCACAAAGUAAUUUUCCCCACAUUAUUAAUUUGCGGAUUCGAAGAAAAUUUCCGAAAAUAGCCACGAACCAGUAGACUUUGUAAGACGAAAAAAAACGUAAGUACGCUUUUCAUGGUGCAUUCAUGAGCAUUUUGCAUUCUGUGGGACGAGGAUAGUGAAUUUUGCAACCUGAUUUUUGACGAGGUUUACCGGGAAAGGCUGUCUCUACCUGUUUCUGGCUAUCACACGGAUCAAAACUGGCGAAUUUCGUUUUUGAAUAGGCAUUUUCCAACUGACACACAUAUUAUCCGCAGUUUGUUUACUGGCAUCUAGCAUGAACAAAUGUUGACAACUUCUUGUCUGCCACAUCGAAAGUUGUGAAAGAUGGACAUGGUACUACUGCAGCCGUUGUUGCAUCACAUAUUUCUGCUCCAAUUGUGACACGAAAAAGCAGAAGAUGGAACUAUUUCGACUGGACCACAAAUUCGCACUGUAAUGAGGUUUUACCAAUGAUAUGGUGAUCCAUGGCUUUUGGAGCGCUCUGGGAUAACGACAUUGCUCCAUUUUAUGAUUCGCACAUCGUAUCAAGUUCCUGACGUCGUCUUUUGACUUGUGAAGUACAUAAAUUUUUGUACUUACAUACCAACUCUAGUCUUCUUUGGUUUUCGUUUUUUGCAUGAAAGAAAAGCACCAUAAGAAGAAUCCCAAUCAAGGUCCCGAAGACGAAAGACGAAACUCAUCACCAGGAUCCCUUGGUAUGCUUUUCCUUGGCACCUCUUCCUCGGGUUCAUCCUGGGCGGCAUCAUUGUGGCCGUUGCCAUCGCCAGCCUUAUUGUUGGUACUUUAAUGUUUUCGUUUUCUCAAGAUAUCAGACAGUAAUGCAUUCUGUUGUAGCCCUGAUCCUGAAUCGCAUAACUACCGUGCGAGUUUUGGAUUCGGAUUGCGUCUUUAUUCCGUGCAUGGCAAAAAGCUGUGUUUUUCUUGCACUCGAGGCAACCAACUCCAGGUUACCGAAUGACCAUGCAGCUAGAAAAGGUGCGUCAGGCCGUCUUGGCGGAGGUAUGAAACUGUGAAAAGUGAUUUUUACAAUGACAACUAGACCUACUGGGUAUGAUUAACGACAUGCUCCUACUUGAUGUACUCUGUGCGUUUUGGUGCAUUGCAUAAUCGUGAAGCCCGAUUAUUUGAUAUUCUGGUUUCGCAAGAACUGCUUGGUGCGUGCAUGGAAAUCGUGAUUGGCAUUUUUUGUUUUGAGUGUAGUGAGGGCUUUCUUCUUGCAGGACUUUUGCAGCAUGACGAGUCGGAGACUGUGUCUGUGUCGUACCUGCACGGUUUUGAUCUUUCGUGCACUUCUCGUACUCCGUUUUCCGGAAGUUCAAUCAUUGUAAUCACUUACUUUCCACGCCAUAUCCGGGUACGGAGAAGUGGUCCGCCUAUAUUCCGCCAUAUCCAAAUGAGAAUGCAUAUGCACCCCACAACCUCCACCCAAGGGCUCUUAAGCACUUAAGUACUUACUCCAAGAAACAAGCUGGCAAUGCUGGAUUUUCUUUGGGGGAAAGUAGAGUUGAACAUCUGGGCUCGCAACAGUACAACUUGUAUGAUGUUGACAACGGGUGCCUUGGCAGUGAACAAUUGUCUGACGAUUCAUCAUCUCUUUGCGUCGUCCUUCUCCUUGCAAGAGAGCAUCGUUCUUUGUUCCGAAGUACAGACACACAGUGAAUUCGUUUUCGCAUCGCUGCGCAAUCGUAAUCUUUCAACCGGGGCCUUGGGGUAAAGACUUAUAACUUUUCCGCCUGAUACGUGAGCUGGAAUGACGAAGCAGCAGUUUGCCGACAUGGCGCAGGCGCUGAAGCAGGUGCAAUUUUUAUCCUAGGUAAAAACGUCCCCACUGCCACUCCAUAGUCAAGAUGGGAGCUUUGCGAGACAAAUCAACAUCAAGCUUUUGCUGUUGCGCAUGAUAGGUUUGGCCUCGUAGUGCAGGCGCGUUUAGAUAGUGCAGCAGCAUCACAAAUCUCAAGACAGCGCGUGAGAAUGCGUCUCAUGGGUAAGCGUGCGGAUUUGCAUGACAAGCACGAGCAGCUCUAGGGUGGGGACAUUAUUUUUCCUCAGGAUAAUUUUCCGAGGAGGAGCUGAGGUUCAUCAUUUCGGCGUUCAGCUUAUCGGGAGAAAAAAUCCCCCCUCCCUAUACCAAAAGGGCGGGACACUUCUGAAAAUUUGUGAUGCUGAUCUGAGGCCAGAAAGUGUUGCAAGAAGGCCAGCCCAGAGACUUCGCCGCAUUAUGCAGCCGGUUUGUGAUGCAGUUGGGGUCUACAGAGUACAAACCUACCGCGCUACAGGCCUACGUCAAAACCCUUCUACUUAGGCUUGGUAUGGGCCUGCAGUCCUCUACUGCGAGACAGACCUGAUUCGCGUACGCAAAUCCAGCAUGAGAGACUUCCUUUUGAUAUGGGGAGGGGGGAUUUUUCCUUUUGAUACAGCUUCGAGUACCGUGCGGACGAUGUGAUCUCGAAGGAAGAAUUUCUGGAGUGGUGCAACGGCCCACUCAUGCUGUUGUGAGCGAAGCUGCUGUGAAGGAGAUAGACAAGAACUGGGAUUAGAUGAACUUCCUCCGUUGUAGUGUGGGACGGGGCGUAGAUUGUAAUUCAAUUGUAAAUACAAACUAACAAGAAAGCUGCCCUGCAGCGGAAUAAGCUACAAGGCGAAAAAUAAUUACGUCUCCCCUACAAGUGCAACAUCCUUGUUGUCAAUUCAUCAGUUACAACCACCCUGUUUCACAAAAAGAGGAGAAGCAAUGACGUACUUGGAGAAAUGCUACACUCGCAACCUGCAGUACCGAGUAAGUACACCCCAUCGCAUGGAGGAUACUACUUCAGCAAACACAACAGUUUGUCAACGUUUUUCUCAAACAGCCCUCUACAACCAGACACAACAACUUUACCAAAACUAUACAAGAUUCUCGCUUUUCUAGAAGAAAUUUCAUGGAAACAACUUUACCAAAGAAACUAUCAGACACAGGAAGGAAGGCAGCACUUGUUGCCGUUGACGAGAGGAAACUUUAUCGAAACUAUUCAAGUAGGUCAAAACUAGAGGUGGCAGGUCUCCUCAGGUCAGGCGGGUGGCACUACGACAUUUCCACAGCGCAGGAAGUAAAUAUCAACACUAGGCAAGAGCUAAGCGCCCUGUAAUUUGUUGGCGGGCCCGCAUAGUGCAACACAGAUUCAAUAUUCGAUGUGAAUCAAAGUUACCAGAGUCCUGGUGCCACAGGGGAGUCAUCUUUCCACCACGCUGCAAAUUACUUUAGAAAUGUACUGCCUAACCGCAUGUUGAAGAAGAAAGCUUUUGGUGCGAUGUGAUGUAACAAGCCACCUCUAUGAAAGAAAAAAGACUGAAAAUAAUGUUAGAAGGAACGCCGUCGCAGAUUUUUUCGAUUCAAUCCAGAAGAUGUUUGUUGUGCGCAGAAGGAGCUACCAUUCACAGAAGAGGAAAAUUUGGCUUCCGAAGCGUCAAUUGAUUACAUCAGCUCCGUG